AUGAAAAUUGCAAGAGAAGAAAUUUUCGGUCCAGUUUUAUCGAUCACAAAGUUCAAAACAAUUGAUGAAGUUAUUUAAAGAGCUAAUAAUACACAUUAUGGGCUAGGUGCUGGAAUUCAUACAAAGAAUCUCGAUAAUGCCAUUAAGAUAUCAAAUGGAAUCAGAGCAGGAACUUUUUAUAUCAACUGUUAUUAUGCUUUUGAUCCAGCUGCUCCAUUUGGAGGCUUUAAAGAUUCAGGAGUUGGAAGAGAGUUAGGGGAAGAUGGACUUAGAUCAUAUCUGGAAAGUAAAACAGUCAUUAUUAAGAGACCUGAUGACUCCUUACCAUGA